GGGCUGAUGUCAAGGUGGGAUAGGCUAAGCGUCGUAUCAGUUUGUAUCGAAAGGAAAAGGGUGAUUCUGGGUGUGGGGCACACUGAGAUUGUCAUCACAGCAGGGGGCCUCGGGCAUUUUGGAAUUGCUUCAAACCUCAGCAGCCAACCCUUAAGUGUAGGAUGGAUCGAGCCGAACCCCGAAAACGCUGCUCCUCCAUUUUAUUCCUCCUGAUAAAUGCAGAAAUAGCAGCUCCCUCCUCUCGAGGGCUGCGGUCAGGAGACCGGGGAGGACGUUUCUGAAAACACUCUGACUCAAGUGCUUCUCCCCCCAGCCUGCCAUCUGUCGUGGAUUUAUGGAGCCGUACCCCCAACCCCCUCCACCUCACAGUGCGUCCGAAGCAGAGAACUUUGUCCAAACAGUUUGCGGCUGGAAUGUCAACAGCUGGUUGAGACUUGGAUUUCAUCAUGGACUCCAGCGGCCGCCUCGUUUGGAUCCUCGUCUCCGGGAUCGCGCUUCGCCUCGCUCUGGCCGCAGUCUUCAUAAAGCAGGAUGAAGCAAACAGUCUUCUGCACCGGCAAAGAAGAGCCAACUUUUUCCUUGAAGAGCUGAGGCAGGGUUCUCUGAAGAGAGAGUGUUAUGAAGAAAAAUGUUCGUUUGAGGAAGCCCGGGAAAUUUUCCGGAACACCGAAAGGACGAAAGCAUUCUGGGUCUUGUACACCGAUGACAACCAGUGUGAUUCCAAUCCCUGUCAGAAUGGAGGGACCUGUAUGGACCAGAUCCAGGCUUACGUCUGCUACUGCGCUGAGGACUUCGAGGGUCGCAACUGCGAAAUAAAUAAACGCGAGCUGCUGGCGUGCAUCUACGAGAACGGUGGCUGUGAGCAUUACUGCAGCGAUGACCCGGAUACGAUACGUCGUUGCCGCUGUGCCGAGGGGUACGCUCUGGGCUCUGAUGGUGUGUCGUGCAUCCCCGAAGUUGACUACCCAUGUGGGAAGAUACCUGUUCUGAGGAAAAGGAACGAAAGCAAACCAGAAGGGAAAAUUGUGGGCGGAUAUGUAUGUCCUAAAGGAGAAUGCCCAUGGCAGGCUCUGAUAAAGAUGAAUGAGAAACUGCUCUGCGGGGGUACCCUUCUAUCUUCGACUUGGGUGGUUUCUGCCGCUCACUGCUUUGAAAGGAUCAACCUUAAAAAUAUGCAAAACCUAACAGUCGUUCUGGGGGAGCACGAAAUAGGCCAAAUAGAAGGGAGCGAAUCGGAAGUGGGAGUGCGGAAGAUCAUCAGGCACGAGCUUUACGUCCGGUUGCAGACGGACCACGACAUCGCCCUGCUCCUCCUGAGCCAGCCGGUGGCCUUCAGCGACUUCGUGGUGCCGCUCUGUCUGCCCGAGCGGCAGCUGUCCGUCAACGAGCUGGCCCUGGUGCGACAGUCCUCCGUGAGCGGCUGGGGCCAGCUCCUGGAGCGGGGGGCCACCUCCCUCCAGCUCAUGAGGAUCGAGGUGCCGCGGGUCAAGACGCAGGACUGCAGGAAGUGGAGCAACCACUCGGCCCAGAGCCCCGUCAUCACGGAGAACAUGUUCUGCGCCGGCUACCUGGACGGCUCCAAGGACUCCUGCAAGGGCGACAGCGGCGGACCUCACGCCACCGAGUACAAGGGCACGUGGUUCCUGACGGGCAUCGUCAGCUGGGGGGAGGGCUGCGCCUCCGUCGGCCAUUACGGCAUCUACACCAGGGUGUCCCGGUUCACCGAGUGGUUGAACAGGAAUAUGGAUUCGUAGGCCCUCCUUUUCCCUCUCCCCAUCUCCCUCCCUCGGGACGAGCGCGUUUCUGCUCUUUGAAAUUCCUCUUUGGAAUCCUGACCCCUUUCUCUCCCCCUCCCCCGUGAUAAAAUAAACGUUACCCGGCACGGAAUUGUC